AUAUAACAAACUAAAAAAAAAUUAUAUCACUGUAGUAUCUUAAAAACCCUAAUUCUAUUUUCAUCUAAACCUCUCAAGCCUCCACCCUCCAAAACCAUCUUUGCAGUCACCAAAACGUGCUACCGUCGCCCUUGCUGUCUCCCUUGCUGUCUCCCUUGCUGUCUCCCUUGCUGCAGUCUAUCCGCCCUCGCAGCAGUCGGCUUCCCCCUCCCCGGUCAUCAGAUAUCUACAUGGUGAAGUAGAGGAUGUCUACCGGUAUUCCUAGGGUUUUGAUUGAAAAAAGGGUUAGGGUUUUUAGUUAUUAGACAGCCCAAUUAUAACUGCACUUAAAAGAUAGCUACUUUGGUGUGUCUAUUACUUCAAUGGAGCCGCUAUUAGAUUUCAAUGAAGAAACUAUACUCGUUGAUGCUGAUGAUCAAGAAAAAUCAUCAUCAUCUUCAUCGUAUGGCUAUAAAUUGGUACCCUGGUUGAAUUGGGAGGAGUGGGAGCGGGUUAGAGAUUCUCUCUUCUCUGAUUCUGCACAAAACAUUGCCUCUGCCAUCACAAGAAUAUCCACAUGGCGAAGUAGAGGAUGCUUACCGGUUGUAAUUGAUGUCACAGCUUCAAUCAUUGAAAUUCAACAAAAGGAUCCCUUUUAUAGAAAGCACCUUCCAAGUGAUGCUUUACAUUCUGAUCAAAUGCUUGCUAUGCUGUAUUGCAUGGCUAUCUUGAGGCUUGUAAACUGCGUUGUUGAGAAGACACGAAAGAAAACUGAAAUUUCAAUUGCUGAGGCAGCUGGUGCAAUUGGCAUUCCACGUACACUGAUUGACAUUCGCCAUGAGGGUUCACACCGUGAUCUGCCAGCACUGACUUUAGUUCGGGAUUCAGCUGCAAAGGCAAUUCAUUGGCUGAAAUUUUAUUAUUGGGAGCCUCAGACAGAACAGAUUCCAUUCCAGAGAGAUGGAACUGCUAAAAUCAGGAAAGAAGUCAAAUCAAAACUUCUGGAAUUGGCAUCAUGCUUGAAAGUUAGGGAGAGUUCCCAAUCUGGUGCAUCACCAAUCAAAGGAAAACGUUUGAAGAAGCAAGCUACAAAGACCUUGAAAAUUUUUGUUCAUUUAUAUUCUUCCUACUCCUCUGAGGUACUAUCUGUAUUGUUGGAGUUAAUACUCAAGGCUCUGGAAUCCUCAACUUUGUUGGAGUUUCCUAACCAAAUUGGCGAAAACACGCACACUUUGUUGGAUGACUGGAAGCUUGUGAUAAUAAAAUUAUCUAAUAAGGAACCAGAAUUACUUCUAACGCUUCUUAAGGCCAUUCUUAAUAUGAUUGAGACUCAAGAAGCCUUGAAAUAUGAAACAGGAACAGGUUUUACAAGGGCAGGAUCUGUCAAAAUUGAACAACUUUCAUCUCUGUUUGCGUGGCUUGCUGGAAAACUCAUGUUACUGAAACCUUUUUGCCACAAAGAUGCCAAAGCCAAAACAGGAGUCUCUGCAACAGAAUUAAAUUUGUCAAAUCCAAUUCUGAUGGAACUGCUGCGCAAAUGUCUUCUGAUAUCAUCGUAUGGCAACAAGCAACUAAUGGAUUCAACAAUGCAUCUUGCUCAGCUGGUGGUUAAUAGCCCUUCAAUGGAGAAACUCACCAAACUAAGUUUGCUCAAUUUAUCAGAUUCUGAUGUCGCUGAAGAAAACUUUUCUCUUAAGAGUUCCAGUAACCUACUAGUCCAGCAAGACAAAUCUAUCCAUGAAGCUGCUGAUAAGCUAAAAUUAGUUAAAAUUAGCCUAGCUAAGCGCAGAAUUGUGAGAACAGCAGAUGGUGAUUUGAAAGGUGGAGACAGAUGGGCUGUGGCAAAAUCAUGGAACCCAUGUCCGAUUGGUAUGUUGCCCCGUGAUCUUGGAUCUUCUGGUUGUCUUCCUGAUCUGGACCAUCACUAUGUCGAUAAGGAGUUAGUGAACCUAUCAGGAAGGACAUGGGAACUGAAACAGUGUGGUGGUGUAGAAGAACCUAGUUCUGAUAUUCAUUCGAAUAACUCACAAGUUGAGCGUAGCAAGAGAGAAGCUAGUUAUGAUAUUUGUUUAUUAGAUAGGUCAAGUGUUAAGAAGAUGAGAGAGAUGGUAGAGAGUUACGAAUCAGGUGGUAAAGAUGCUUUGUUGCCUACAGAUAUCAAAGGCUGUCUGAUGAUAAAUGGGGUCUGGAAAAAAAUUGAGGAAGAAGAGCUACUUGCUAUUAAGUCUGGUAUAAGGAUUUUGGUUUAGUCACUGCUAUAUUUCUGGAUCUAAUUUAUUCAUGGCAAUUCUUUUAGAAAAUCAACCUGGCAUCAGGAACAACACACCCCACACAAACACAUUUUAUAUUUGAUUAGUACUCUGAAAGAUAUCUACUGCAUAUUCCAACACAAACAUUAUUGUAUGCAAGUGUUUGUGCAUGUAUACAAACAUGCGAUGGCAACGUGGUUGUGCUUUAGGCCUUUGGAAGCCUUGUUUAUGUCCUGAAAAACGAGCUACAUAAUUCAUUA